AUGGAAACAACAUUCACAUUUAAAGGGAGUGAAGAAAACAUACCAGAAAAUGAUGAUCUUUCAAGAGAUGUUUUUAGGGAUGAAUAUGAUAAAGAUAUCCAAGGAAUCCCUUGGGAGACUGAUGCAAUGCCAUUUUCUCGAAGCUAUUUGAGAUCUCGCCGAUCUAUAAAUUAUCGAUCAUUCAGAAAUAAGAAUGAUCCUCUCACUUUAAUUGAUUGCACUAAAAACGAAAAUUGCUGUUUCUUUGAAUUCAAUGCAAACCACCCUCAAGCCCGCUGCAUGUAUAGACAUUUUCAAUUGCGAGACUGCCUAUUAGCAAUAUCAAGUAACAAUGUUUUGCAUCUAAAAUCUCCGAAUGAGCUACGCCUUUAUAACCCUAUCAGCCGAGAUUCCAAGAGAGUUCUUUAUUCAAAAAGUCCUUUGGUAUCAUUUCAUUCUCUCCAAGACUAUGUCGUAUCAGGUGGAUUAGAAGGCGAAUUAUUUUUAAGUGAUAUUGAAGGAAAUUUAUUGAAGGACAUAAUUGUUGCUGACACUGAUAGCACAAAAAUAACAAAUUGCUGUAAGCUUUUUGAUAACAGAGGAAAAAUCAAUAUAAUGUCUUGCAAUAAUGAUAAAAAAAUCAGGAUUUUAGACCCGGAUUACAUGGAGCCGAUUUUUAUGUAUGAGUUGCCAGCACCUGUGAAUGGGGGUGCGAUAUCACCAGAUAGAAAAUUAAUAGCGACUGUGGUUGAUGAAGAACAAGAUUAUAUAUUUUACUGUGCUAAGUUUGGGAUUAUUUUCAAAUAGGUCCUAAAGUUAAAUUUAUUACUCGUAAGAGAAAUUAGUAUUUAAUUUAACCCAGAAAAGAAUAUAAUAGACUAUGAAUCUGGAAAAGUUAGAUAUAUCCUUAAAGGACACCAAGAUUUUGGCUUCGGGGUUCAAUGGCACCCUAAAAAUGAAUUUUAUUUAGCAACAGGAAAUCAAGACAAAUCUGUCAUGAUUUGGGAUAUUAGGAUGGGCCCUGAACUAUCCCCUGUAUAUACAUUGUGUGGAAAAGUUGGCUCAAUUUUAAAUCUGAAGUUUAGUGAAAACGGAGAAUUUUUAGCAUUUGCGGAGUCUGCUGAUUUUGUUAGGAUUUGUGAUACGAGGAACUAUGAAGAAACACAAGUGAUUGAUGUGUUUGGAGAAAUAUCAGGGAUUACUUUUAGCCCCGAAGAAAAUUGCCCUUAUUUUUUUAUUGGGAUGGCUGAUGAAAGCUUUUCAUCGUUGAUGGAAUUUAGGAAAUACGAAAUAAUUGAUUUUUAA